AUGAGUUUCACAGGGAUAGGCAGCAUUGUUCUUCUGGCUCUCACCAUUGCCCCGGCUGCUCUAGCUACUCCUGUCCAAACACCGACCCCUGUGGUUGAUUUAGGCUACGCCACCUACCAGGGAUACCAUGACAACACCUAUGACCUCAAUGUAUUCAAGGGGAUUCGAUAUGCGGCCCCUCCCGUUGGAAAGUUGCGAUGGCAAGCGCCACAGGCCCCUCCAGUGAACAGGAAAUCUAUUCAACCUGCCACUAAACAGCCUCCAUUUUGCCCACAGUCCGGUGGUGCGAAGCUUCCAGAAGUAUAUGGCUUCAAUUCAGCCCUGGGCAAUGAGGAUUGCUUGUUCUUGAAUGUGUAUGCUCCGCCCGGGGCCAAAGAUCUUCCUGUCCUUCUUUGGAUUCAUGGUGGUGGAUAUGGGUUGUUUGGGGCCGUAUAUGACCCCAGUGAGUUGAUCAGCACGAAUGACAACGGGUUCAUUUCAGUUAUGAUUCAGUACCGACUAGGGGCCUUUGGCUUCUUGUCAUCAGAAGGCGUACACAAGCACGGGAAGACCAAUGCAGGUCUGCUUGAUAUGCGUUUCGCCCUCGAAUGGGUCCAGGAGCAUAUCGAAAAAUUCGGCGGUGAUGCCUCCCGCGUCACGAUCGCCGGCGAAUCUUCUGGAGCCGGCUCAGUGAUGCUACAAUCAAUGGCUUACGGUGGUCGUGAGGAUCACUUAUUCAACAACGUUAUUGCGGCCAGCCCUUAUUCCACGGCCUUGCAUCAGUACGAUGGUAAAGUGCCGACAAGCCACUAUGAAGACUUUGCGUCACGAGCAGGGUGUCGCAAUGGGCGUCAUAUGUCUGAGGCAGCGGUAUUUGCCUGCCUUGUCAAAGCCGACACCGAUACAUUGCAAUAUGCCAGUGCAAAUGUCUCCGUUUCAGGAGAAUGGGGUACCUGGGCAUUCCUACCUGUGGUCGACGGCGAUUUUAUUCAGGAACUCCCGUCUAAGCAAUUACUCCAAAAGAAAGUGAGCGGCAAGCGAGUUUUAUCUGGGAACAAUGCCAAUGAGGGUGUCCCGCUUAGUCCGCCAUUUGUGAACAGCACUGCCGACUUCCUGGGCUAUGUCCACUCUGCUUUCCCUUUGUUCUCUCGCCGUGAUUAUUCUCGCCUGUUGGAUAUAUACGAGUUCCAGGACAGCUCUCCAGAAAACACUGGGCCCCGAUACGACACACUGGGUGAUCGUGGUCCAACCGCUCUGAACCAAUCAGAAAUGGCAACUGGUCUCCAACAGACAGUCUUCAACAUAUAUGCUGAAUCAUCCUUUGACUGUCCCUCUUACUGGCUUGCGGAUGCUUUCGCUGGAGGUAAUGCCAAGGAGAGUUGGAAAUAUCAGUACUCUAUCACUCCUUCGUACCACGGGGCAGACUUAAGUGCAUACUUCUCAGUUGGGACGACUACGCCUACUCGUGGUUUGAUCGAUGCCUUCCAGAAGAUUUGGGGCAAUUUUAUCAUUAAUGAUACUCCAGUCAUCUCCAUAACCGACGCAAAGGGUGGUGCAGACAAUGCUACCGUACCUGAGGGUGUUCACGGAGAUAUCUCCUGGCCAAAAUGGAAUAGCAGAUCACCUGUCUUAAUGAACUUGAACACCACGGGUGGAACAACGGUCUACGUGGAAGUUACUGAUAGCCUCUCUUACUGGCUUCAGGAAGGACCUGGUGUCACGAAUGAGUUCAGCCUGGCAGAUGCAUCGAAGUGGGAAGGUGGCCGUGGUAAGCGCUGUGAGUUCUGGAGAAGUGUUGGGCCACGCGUGCCAACAUAA